AUGGAUGACUCCUCUCAUUACUCCAUUAGGAUCUGGAGCAACGGUCAAGAUUCUGACCAUUCAACGUUCCCUAUCUACGAGGAAAGGAACUGCGUUCAUGCAGAAGCAUGCACUAUCUCCAAACCCCUUUUAGCACAUGCAGUGUCACUCCCCCCUCGUUCAUUUGGGGUCACAGGUGCCUUAUCACUUCAUGAAUACCGGAAAAAUCUUGCGGAGAGUGCAGAGUGUGUUGCCGAUCUCGUCGACCUUUCUGAACUGAAAGUCAGGCGCAAACAGGCAAUAAAAAAUUUGAGUCGACCACAGCCAAUCUAUAUAGUUCCUUACGCCGAGUCUAUAUCGUCUACAGAAUCCAGUCCUCCGCCAUUAUCACCUUCUUACUCAAAUAGCAUCCUUACUCAGCAAAGCGAGCAAGAUUAUAUCACAGAACUAUCAUUAGGCACGGAUCCCUUACAGGGGCCACGAGAGUAUCUUGUCUCGGCAAACCUGACCCGUCCAAGACAGAACAGGAAGCGAUUGAACACUUUCCGCCAAAAGCUUGAGGAAAAGGCUCAGGCUCGGGGUCAGGCUUUAGAUUUGCCUCUGUCUUGUCCCCGAACGUCUGACUCGAUGUUGGCCAACACGCAGGCCGUUGCCACCAUCUCGCACGGAGGAGCGUCCUUUGAGAUUCUGAAUCCACGGGAGUCUUUAGAUGUCACCCGCAUCGUGUCAUUCAUUGAAGACGUUGACAACUGUUCACUCUUUUCCGGCAACCGCGAUCAAGCUCGAGUCUCCUCCAAUUCGUACUCUCUAGAUGAGGGGCUUUCUCAAUUUACGGAUGUUUCCUUGCCAUCCCACUACUCACACUCGCUUUACACUCCCAAUUCAACGGGAUGUUCCACGCCCAAGCGGCAGAUAGCGGAUAUUCCCUCGUCGUCACCUGGGGUGUACGACCGAGUUCGCUCGUUAUCCGAUUACUCCAUUCACGAUUAUGACUACUGGAGGAUGGUCAGAGAACAAAACAAUGAACACGAUAACCACACAUAUCACGACCUAGUAGACGACCCUUCAAAUACACGCAUAGCAUCUAUAUCAGAGCAUGCAGACGAAGACGACGACCUUAACUCCGACGAUCUUGAAUCUUCGCGACCCUUAUCCUCAUCUCCACCAACUUUUUACUCCGAAGAAAGCGACAUUGGCGAGCCGGGCUCCCCAGUAUAUGCCAACGGCAAUUGGGCUCAAGUUGACGAGCGUGAUCGCGGUAUCUUCUUUGAGAUGCCAUCUCCAUAUGACACUUAUGCAAACACCAAGUCCCCAUCUUAUGCCGAAAAUCACGACGCCUACGAUCCAAUAUACUUCGACCCACAUGUUCAAUCCGUGCUGGCCGCAGCUAAUGCGGAGACAAUGGGCCUCCGCGGCCAUUCUCCUCGUGCACUGGACGACAUGCAACAACGUGGAUACCACACUUCUCUGGCAGCUGGAAAUGGAAAUACCCGAAAACAUUCUCCAUCUUCGCGUAAGAGAUUGAGAAAGCUUUUUAGCUGGCGAUCUGGAAAUUGA